UGCGGCAGUCGCUGCGGACCCGGAAGUCCGGGCCAGUUGCUGAAUGAGGGGAGCCGGUCCCUCCCCGCGACAGUCCCCCCGCGCCCUCCGCCCCGACCCGGGCCCCGCCAUGUCCUUCUUCCGGCGGAAAGUGAAAGGCAAAGAACAAGAGAAAACUGCAGAUGUGAAGUCAAUUAAAGCUUCAAUAUCCGUACAUUCCCCACAAAAAAGCACUAAAAAUCAUGCCUUGCUGGAGGCCGCAGGACCAAGUCAUGUUGCAAUCAAUGCCAUUUCUGCCAACAUGGACUCCUUUUCAAGUAGCAGGACAGCAACACUUAAAAAGCAACCAAGCCACAUGGAAGCCGCUCAUUUUGGUGACUUGGGUAGAUCUUGUCUGGAUUACCAGACUCAAGAGACCAAAUCAAGUCUUUCAAAAACUCUUGAACAAGUCUUACAUGAUACUGUUGUCCUCCCUUAUUUCAUUCAAUUCAUGGAACUUCGGAGAAUGGAGCAUUUGGUAAAAUUUUGGCUAGAGGCUGAAAGCUUUCACUCCACAACUUGGUCCCGAAUAAGAGCACACAGUCUGAACACAGUGAAGCAAAGCUCCUUGGCUGAGCCUGUGUCUCCAUCUAAAAAGCAUGAAACUGCAACAUCUUUUGUAACCGAGUCUCUUGACAAGAGAUUGGAGGAUUCUAGUUCAGCCCAGUUGCUCAUGACUCGGUCAGAAGGAUUGGACCUGAAUAAUAGAACUAGCAACACUCAGAAUCACUUGCUGCUUUCCCAGGAAUGUGACAGUGCCCAUCCUUUACAUCUUGAAAUGGCUAGAACAGGAACUUACCAAGUGUCCAUGGAAUCCCAAGAAUCUUCUUCCAGAUUUAUAGUAACCAGUAGAAAUAGUCCCUCUUCUCCACUAAAGGAAUUAUCAGGAAAACUAAUGAAAAGUAUAGAACAAGAUGCAGUGAAUACCUUUACCAAAUAUAUAUCUCCAGAUGCUGCUAAACCAAUACCAAUUACAGAAGCAAUGAGAAAUGACAUUAUAGCAAAGAUUUGUGGAGAGGACGGACAGGUAGAUCCCAACUGUUUUGUUUUGGCACAGUCUAUAGUCUUUAGUGCAAUGGAACAAGAGCACUUUAGUGAGUUUCUGCGAAGUCACCAUUUCUGUAAAUACCAGAUUGAAGUGCUGACCAGUGGAACUGUUUACCUGGCUGACAUUCUCUUCUGUGAGUCAGCCCUCUUUUAUUUCUCUGAGUACAUGGAAAAAGAAGAUGCAGUAAAUAUCUUACAGUUCUGGUUGGCAGCAGAUAACUUCCAGUCUCAGCUUGCUGCCAAAAAGGGCCAAUAUGAUGGACAGGAAGCCCAGAAUGAUGCCAUGAUUUUAUAUGACAAGUACUUCUCCCUCCAAGCCACACAUCCUCUUGGAUUUGAUGAUGUUGUACGUUUAGAAAUUGAAUCCAAUAUCUGCAGGGAAGGUGGACCACUCCCUAACUGUUUUACAACUCCAUUACGUCAGGCCUGGACAACCAUGGAGAAGGUCUUUUUACCUGGCUUUUUGUCCAGCAAUCUUUAUUAUAAAUAUUUAAAUGAUCUUAUACAUUCUGUUCGAGGAGAUGAAUUUCUGGGAGGGAGUGUUCCACUGACUGCUCUUGGCGCUGUUGGCCCUUCUGAUGACUCUCACCCAGGUGGUUCUGAGAGCUCAGCUUCUCAGUCCAGUGUAAAAAAAGCCAGUGUUAAAAUUCUGAAAAAUUUUGAUGAAGCUAUAAUUGUGGAUGCUGCUAGUCUGGAUCCAGAAUCUUUGUAUCAACGGACAUAUGCAGGGAAGAUGACAUUUGGAAGAGUCAGUGAUCUGGGGCAGUUCAUCCGAGAAUCUGAGCCUGAACCUGAUGUAAAGAAAUCAAAAGGAUCCAUGUUCUCACAAGCUAUGAAAAAAUGGGUACAAGGAAAUACUGAUGAGGCACAAGAAGAGCUAGCUUGGAAGAUUGCUAAAAUGAUAGUCAGUGAUGUAAUGCAACAGGCACAAUAUGACCAGCCAUUAGAGAAGUCUACAAAGCUAUGACUCAAGACCUGAGAUAAAGAAAAUCUGCUUUUGAAAAACAAGAGAACUUUUUUCGUUUGGUUGGAUUCUUCAACACAGCCAAUGAAAACAAAGCACUGUAAUUCUUUUCACUGAUAUAUCACUGUUGUUCCCAAGAAAGAAUAGCAGACAAUCCUAGACUUCCAUCACAAGCAGAGUGACAUGUAGACACAAUUGCUACACAUUAUGUCCACGCCGUGAAAGUCAUAAAGAGACAAAGUGGUAUUGUUUACAUUACUAGAAUAUUAAUAGUUUUCCAAUGGCAAUAACCCAUUUACAAGAGAGUCUAGUCCACUGGAACAGACAGGGACCACAUACUGUGGGAGGCAGAUAAGUGUCCAGCUGAUAUUUGAUGCACAUUCUGUAGUGGUAACCCAUCCUUAACAGCAUCAUAAAGCGGGUGCCAGAGAUGCUUUGCUUUGGCCUCCUAAAACAAACAGGUGAGUCUGCCCUUCUGAGAGGCCAGCAGCUCCUUGUGGCAGUGUGGUGCUAGCAGGUGCUAGUGUUGUUUUCCAGUGGGACAGGGUGAAGACUCAUUGGGGCACUCUACCAUCACAGUGGCAUUAAUGUUGAAGGACACUAACAGUCUUAUGACACUGUCCUUCCCUCUGGUGAUAGUACACAAUUUUCACAUUUUAAUGGCUCCUGAGAUGAAGUAUACCUAAAACCAGUCUCCUGCUAACAAAAAGAUGAAUCUACUUUACUUUGAGCAUUAUUUGAGCUCCUGUGGAAUUCUGCGCUCCAAAUGACUUUAACUUUCCCUUCAGAAGACAUGUGGAAA